AUGUCGCUGCGUCUUGUUUUCCUAGGGCUGCUUGCCCCCAGCGUCUAUCUUGCGUACAAACUCGAGUGGACAGAAAAAGCCAUUGAAUUCUUCACUGGCCCAGGCAGCUACAGCCGAAUCUUUGCUAUCAUCGUGCUGGUUCUGAACUGGAAGGCCCUGCCCCUGGCAUGGACUGUUCGCAUUUGGCACAGCAUGGUGCUUCACCUGCUCGUUCGCCCAUUCCAUACGCAUACGCCCGACAAGCUCUUCCACCCCGUCAUCAGCGAGUCCCACGCCUCCAUCGCCGAGCUCGACUACCGCUUCCACAAGUCCAACUCGACCUACCUGGCCGACGUAGACAUUGCCCGCUCCCACCUGGCCUCGCAUCUGCUCGCGCGGUCCGGCCACUUAGCCUGGAACAAUGCAAAGACCCGUUUCGUCAUGGACCCGUCUGACCCGUCGCGCCCAGCUCGGGGCGCCUUCAACAUCGGCCUCGGUGGCGUCUUCUGCUCCUGGAGGCGCGAGAUCAAGCCCUACCAGAGCUACGAGAUGUGGACUCGUAUCGUGUCCUGGGACCGCAAAUGGCUGUACAUUGUCACGCACUUUGUCCAAAAGGGCGCCGUCAAGCCACGCUCGUGGGAUGCGCCCGAGAACUUUGGCCCGACGCGUGCAGCAGGAGACGAGCCUCGAGACUGGGAGAAGAAAGUCUUCGCCACCGCCGUGAGUCUCUACAUCUUCAAGAUUGGCCGCCUCACCGUUCCUCCGGCUACCAUGCUCCAGGGAAGCGGUCUGCUACCGGAGCGUCCUGGUGGCUGGGCCACUGAUGUUAACGGCAGCGGAGAUGUUGCGGGGAGCGGAGAGAGUGAUGGCACGACCAUUGGAGCCGACCCCGAGCGUGGGAGCUGGCAAUGGGUCGAGCAGCAGCGCAGAAAAGGCCUCGAAUAUGCUCAGCACCUGACUGCUAUGAACAGUAGCCUCCAUGGACAAUUUGAGCCCGGUGAGGAUGGCGCACUGGGUCGUUUCGCCCUUGGUUAG